CAACAGUUGGAAGACAACCAAAACAUCAGUACAAACUAAAUAUAGAAGGCCGAAGGACCGAACCCUUUCACAGAUGGAAAAACACAACUUUUUGAAACCAAAUUUCGCAAAUAUGACUUACAUGUAAGGGAGCCAACUGAUCAGAAUGCAGUCAGGCGUUGUUGAGAUAUUUGUUCUGGGUGAUUUCCAUACGACUAAAAGUUACCUCGAUCGACUAGUCUUUGGAGAGGACGGAGAUGCACUUUCGCUCUCUAAAAAAGACAACGUGGAGGACGAUUCCGGCUUUCCACACAACACUCACACUUCUUCUUACUUACUCGACAACAAGCGAUGCUACACGCUGCAGUUCUGGGGAGCUCGCAACGAAGAUGAUAUUCAAAGUUUAGAAGCAUUUCAGUACCCCAAACCUGAUAUUUUUGUAAUGAUAUUUGACAUUUCUAAAAGAAGCUCUUUUAAGAACAUGACAAGCCUUCACCAACAGAUGAGACUCAACAUUUUGAAUGCCCCACUGCUGGUGAUAGCUGCUAGGCUGGAAUCACUGAACCAGACAGAUCGACUCGACCAAAGCGAACCAGUUCCGAUGUCUGAAGUACAGGAAAUAGUCAAAUCCCUGGGAAYCCUGUGUGUGCAAUGCUGUCCCGUGACGGGCGAAGGCGUACAAGAAGCAGCACAUAUCAUGGUACAUUUAGCUGUCAAUGGACAAAAGCAAAGGAAGAAAAGGAGAUAUCUUUUUCUCAGAAAGAAACUACAGACGAGACCGACACUUUUCUUCCCCAGUGGUCUUGUCAUUGAUCCGAGUGGUAACUACGGCAUGGAAAAUGCACCCAGGUGCCCAGGGGUGAAUGUUCUUGCUUCAACUUGUGUGGAGGAUCUAGCAAGAAUGAAGGAUGACGUGACCUGUCGCGAUGUUCGUUUUACAUUCCCAGAUUGUCCCAUGUCACCUAUCGAGGCACAUCAAGUCAUUCUUAUUAGUGCUGCACCUGAACUCUUUCAGGAUAUCUUCACUGGAACAACCAAGUCUCAAGUAUCUGGUCGCCUCAAUGAGAUGUUUGAAAAGGUCUCAUGGCCUGUAACUCACGACCAAAACGCUGUCCUUGUUCAACGUAUGGUUGAAAUACGCGUGUGCGAGAAGGUGCCAAGACACGAGUUUGCUAGACUCGUUGAGUUCCUUUACGUCGGUGCAUCGAUCGCUGAUCUUCGGAAAAGCGACUCCAUUCAUGAGCUGUUGGCUAUUGCAAGGACUUUUCGUCUUACAGAGCUGUUCGAGGCCUGCGAGAAUGUCUUAGAAGACAACGAAAUGGAAAAUACAAUGAAACCAAGUUUCGUAGGAGGAGGAAAAGCCACAGUUUUAAAAGACUUGUUUUUCGAUAAACCUCUUCUAGACGACUUGGUGUUUCAGGUACAGGGUGUCCUUAUCUACGCUCACCAAGCCGUUAUUACCGCACGAAGUCGAGCAUUAGCCAACAAGAUAUCGGACUAUCGCCGCGAUAAUCCUAGUUGCGUCAGAGUCAAAGUUGAGAUAGAUGACGUUUCUGUAGAAACCUUCAAGAGCCUCUUGGAGUACCUCUACACAGAUGACGUCAACAAAAAUCUUAAACAAGAGGUUCUUCUUGAAGUGUUGGGACUCGCUACAGUGUAUCAGCUACCACGGCUAAUUUCUCUGUGCGAAUACAAACUUAUUGUGAGCCUUAAUGAGGACAGCAAACAGGAAAAUGUCCUUGAAAUCUUUCUUGUUGCAAAGAAACACAAUGCGCCGCAACUUGAGAAAUGGUGCAAAAGUUUGAUCGCAAGAAACUACGUUCAUUUCAACAACUGCGUACAAUAUAAACUACUCAGCUCAAAAGAUAAAGACUACAUUGAACGUCAUCGAUGGCCGCCAAAAUGUGACCUAUCAGAAGAGAACAGCCUCUCUCUUAACCAGUACCUCGCGGACAGAAAAGUAAAGGACGAAGAUACAACAACUUGCUGUGGGCUGGGUUAUUGUAAGCUUCUCUAGUUCUAUUCAUGAAAACAACGCUUAUAUAUUAAGUUUUACUCGAGACUGAGAACGUAGAAAAGAAGUGUCACGUUUUUAUAUAGAUUUACUCUAAAUCUGAAAGUAUACUUUGUUAGGGCCUAUUAGGACUAUUAGGACAGGAAAAAGAUUGGUCAUGAUAAGACGAAUCAGUUUUCACUGCCUGAAAAGUCAAUUCACUGAUUAAGGAGAAUUUCGUCACGCGAUUAUCAGUCAUUUAAAGUCAACGUUGUGUAAUAGCUAAUGGGUUUUUCUGAUAACAAACGAGCACAUCUUUGUAAUAUAUAUAGGACUUUGUAAAAACGGCCCGUAGAAAAGGAAAUCCCCAGGCUACAGUAGUUCCGGCUUCAUAGUUCGCUGACACAAAUGGUAUCGCGCCGCAUUUUUAUAUCUUUAUCUUCGCGAGCAUUAACAUAUUGUUAGAUCUGAAUCCCUCAACCAACACUUUGUACAUUUUAAAAGGCAUUUGCAUCAAAGGUUUUCCAGGAUUAUAAAAGUGGACUCAGAAACAGAUACUCCUACUAUUGUGUAUUUAGGUUUAACUGGUUAAGAUGAAAUAGUAUAGUAUACAGUUUUUAGGCUAAGAUGCAUGCAUACAUGUACGAAAACUGUAUAUCAUCGUGUCGAAUAAAAAGGUUAUCAUUGAAUAGA